AUCUCCCCUUCCAUGUGUUAUCUCCCUUUAUCAAGGACACUUCCGGAGAUGUUUUCAGUUCAAAAUGGCGUCGAUAGCAGAGAAACAAGGCGGGAAAACUCAAGACGUGAAUCUGAAUUUUGAUAAACUGAAUGUGCGUGAACUUAAGACCUACUUACGGAAUCACGGAGAACACGUUUCAGGGAAUAAGUCUGACUUAAUUUUGCGUGCCAAAGGUGUACGUGAUCUUGGCAAACGAUCGAUUGAAGAUGUCAAUACAUACGACGUGGUCAGCGUGAGACAAAGACGAUUUGAGAAGUUUCUGUCACCUCUCGGGGAACUUUUACCAGACCCACUACGCUUGAAAAAUGGCUGGGAUAGCAGUGUUGAGCUUAUGCCAUCAUUUAGUUCAAGUGAUCUGUAUAAUUAUUUGGUUUUGAGCAAGCAGCGGACACUAGACACUGACCCAAACAACGCUAAACGCCAGUUGAAAGCUAAAGUGUACUAUGAAGAUAGACACGUUCAUUCAGUCCGAUAUCACCACAUAUCCGCGGACUGUUCUCAUUGUUAUGUCAAUGCCAAAGUGAUUCCUUCCAUACCAACUCAGAAUAUGAAACAGAAACCAGAUUAUGAUGUGUGGGUGUCCUUGUCAAAGGUUACAGGCCGGGUACAUGCUGCUGGUUGCAACUGCACUGCCGGUGAAGGAGAAUCUUGCAACCAUGUCGCUGCUGUCCUGUAUGCUUUGGUUGACAUCUCAGAAAAGAAACUUGAGGGCUUACAUGCAUCUACUUCACAGGAAUGCAAAUGGAACCAGCCACGAAAACGUAAAUUGAGUCCUGUUAAAUCACAAGAUAUGACAUUCACAAAACACAAGUGGAUAGAACAUAAAAAGACAACAACUAUAAGGCAAGAUGCUACUAAUGCUCCUGAUAAAUCGAUGGUUAAACCCAUAAAUGUGGACAGAUUUGCUCCAAAACUCUGUGAACAUUUUCCACAUGCAGGGUGGUUACUGACUCAAGAGUCUGUUGUCAAUAUGACUGAGGAAUCCCAUGUAUCAGUACCUCCCUCCAUUCAGUUGAUUUCAACUAUGCAGACACCUGUGAUUUGAAAAAUGAAGAUUGUAUCAGGUAUUUUUCAGAGUAUUUCAGUGCCUUGUCCAUCUCAAAAGAAGACUGUGUAACAAUUGAGAAGAACACACGUGGACAAGCCAACAAUAACAUGUGGAGCUCAGCAAGGGAAGGGCGAUUAACCUCUUCCAAUUUUGGCCUUGUCUGUAAACUGAAAACAUCUACAUGCCUUGAUAAUGCUGUAAAGACCAUUUUUGCAUAUUCACCAUUUGAUAAUGAUGCUCUGAGAUGGGGACGUACUCAUGAGUCGGCUGCAAGGAGAAAAUAUGCAAAUCUGAUGAA